AGAAUGGAGUCCAGAUUGCGGGAGAAGAUGAAGCCGGCCGUGGACGAGAUGUUUCCCAAGGGCGCCGGGCCGUAUGUGGACCUGGACGAGGCAGGAGGCAGCACUGGGCUCCUGAUGGACUUGGCAGCCAAUGAAAAGGCAGUUCACGCAGACGUUUUCAAUGAUUUUGAAGAUCUCUUUGACGAUGAUGAUAUCCAGUGAGGUGUGUCCAGCGGUGCAUUUGGUGAAGCUUCGCCACGUGGUGGUGUGGUGGGUCUCCUUAAAGGACAGUUUCAGGUGGUUCCAGAGAACUUGUGGGAAUCGCUAGAAUUUAGGAGAUGAUUAGCCAAGAAAG